GCCACGGCUGCCCUCACCCUGAAAAAGCGGGCUCAGGCCACUCUGGCCCAAUCCUUAAGUCUCCUCGGAUAAAAGAGGAGUAGAGUGAGAAGAAGGUGAGGUCUGAAGGCUCUCGCUCACGAGUGUCAUUCCAGAGGAAGCAAGAGCGUUGUGCGACGUCAUCUUUAGUUGGGGCACGGAAGGCCCGAAAAGCCCAUUUUAACUGCGGGCCUCCUGAAGCCGAGUGCGAGGGGAUUGGAGCCGGGGGAGCUUCACUUUCCCUUUUCCAACAUGGCCUCCAGGGCAGGAAGGAGAGUGUAGAAGCCCGUGCUGGGCCCCGCCCACGCCGCAUGCCGGCCAAUCGCCGUGGGCAGCUCCACUUGCGCAAGUGCGCUGCCGCAAGGCUCGGCAGGGUGGAUUAGGGACAAGGACACGGCCGCUCUCCCAACUCGGCUGUCCACGAACUCUAGAUCUCGAAGAUGUCAGCAGCCGGCGCCCGAGGCCUGCGGGCCACCUACCACCGGGUCCUAGAUAAAGUGGAGCUCCUGCUACCAGAGAAAUUCAGGCCUUUGUACAACCACCCAGCAGGUCCCAAAACAGUUUUUUUCUGGGCUCCAAUUAUGAAAUGGGGGUUAGUGUGUGCUGGAUUGGCCGACAUGGCCAGACCUGCAGAAAAACUCAGCACAGCACAAUCUGCUGUUUUGAUGGCUACAGGGUUAAUUUGGUCAAGGUACUCUCUUGUAAUUAUUCCAAAAAAUUGGAGUCUGUUUGCUGUUAAUUUCUUUGUUGGGGCAGCAGGAGCCUCUCAGCUCAUUCGUAUUUGGAGAUAUAACCAAGAACUGAAAGCUAAAGCAAACAAAUGAAAGUGUUCCUGAUCACCUGAACAAUCUAGAUGUGGACAUAGCUCUGGGACCUACUUUGAUUUAUUAUUUGGUUAUUGAUAAAGUGAUGCUAACUGUGCUAACAUUUGGAACUUUAUUAUAAAAAUAAUCUAUCUGUAAUUGGUAACUAUACUUGAUUCAGUGAACAGAAAAAUAAAGCAAACUUUUAAUAACAAUGCCUCUUUGUAUA